AUGAAGGUGCGCGGCCCAGAUGCAUUGGCAAUCAACUCUGCUCGGCUGCACUGGAUUGGUUUUGAUACCAGCGCAUGCAAUGGCUUUGCUGCCUGGAAGAGUGAAGAGAGCAGUGCUAAACGCUUCUUCGUCUUCGAGACCCCUGCCGGCCGGACGUUUGCCCGUCAUCGUGCCACCACCUCCGGUCCGAAGGCUCGUCGUCGUGCCGCCGCCGCCUGGAGCGUCUGCUGGCAGACCAGAUCGAAGUCGAUCCCCACGGCUACCUGCUACACAGUCCAAGUCUGCAGCAACGAGCAAGCCGAAAGCAUUGCCGACUACCUCUUCCCCGCGUGUGCUACAAGUAAGAGAACCAGAGCAUCCACAGCCGACGACUUCUUCAUCGCCCUCUCCCUCACUUGUGCUACAAGUUGGAGCGCCAGAGCAUCCGCGGCCGACGACUUCUUCCUCGCCCUCUUCCUCACCAGUGCUACAAGUCGAAGAACCAGAGCCUCCUCAGCCGACGACUUCUCCUUCGCUGAUGUUACGUGCUCCGAAUUUUCCGCAUCGGAUCCAACGAGUCCCAUGCGGCUGGGCUUCAUCAAGUCCCAAGGCCUGGAUGAAGAGGACUUCCUCAGCCUUUGCGACAAGAUUGAAGACAGUGGGCUCUCGACAAACUUGAUCGAGAUCUUCUACGUGGAGGGACCGACCCGCGCGGGUCGGCGUGCCGUGGGAACGUCGGUGGGAGGAGGUUGGAUGGAGCGGCGAGGUGAAGCACCUUGCGACGAGCCACCACUGCCUUCCUUCAAUGAAGGCACUGUCCGAAGCGAGUCAUUUGAUUCGCUCGAGUCGUUUCACAGCAUGAGAGUUCGCAGAAACUUCGCCUUGCCAGGACACGUGGCAGGGCACGAGGAUGAGCCCGAAGUCUUAUGGCUUCCCUCUUUCAACCACCGUACCAUGGACAGUGGUUCCUUUGAAUCAUUUCACAGCACGAACGUCCGCCGGACCUACGCCGUGCCAGGAGGUCCGGCCCCGGUGUUUUGGGACGACCACGACGAGGAUGACCGCGAAACCGCGACAAGUUGCUGGAAGAUCCGAGGCAUCCUUCCAUACAAGCAGAAAGCUACCUCGGCGCCCACUGCUGGAUGGACCUCGAAGGCUCGGAGGAUGAAGAAUUGGCUGUGCUCGGCGAUCUCGUCGCGGAAAGCGCAGGACGCCUGA